CUGGCUCACAUAGUUAUGUCUCAAAUGGUGUAAGAUUAAUGCUUGAGGUAAGUCAUUUUUCUCCUUACUGAUCAUAAAUCUAGGACUAAGGCAAUAUGAAGAAUUCUAUUUCUAACAAAAAAGUCCCGGAAAAUUUCGAAAAAUGUCUUAAAGAUUGGAAACUUCCUCCUUCUUCAGCCUCAGAUAUUUUUUGGACAACAAGGGGUUCUAGUUGGUCUCCUUUUAGUAGAGUUAACACUGUGGAGAAAGAAAUUCCUUUAAAUAGAGGAUCCACAACGUUUCCUCUCUACUUGUCUAAACUUCGUAAAAUUGCACAUAAAUUCGGUUACAGCUUCACUCGCUUUGGAAUGAUUCAGGUGGGUUUGAAACCUAUAAAACUAGGCUCAAACACCUCUGCAAUAAUAGUUCUCCGCGAUAAAGGAAUGACGAAAUAUGAAGAUUCUGUACUGAGCAAGGCUGAGUCAAGUUUAUGUGAUGGCCCUAUAUACUUCACCUACUUCCCUACCUAUUGUGUUCCUUUAAAUGUCUCGUGUGAUACUUUCGUUAUUGACGUUAAAAUCAAUGGAUCUGGUGGGAGUGAGAACGUAGUUCUUAUGUAUAAGUUCCACUAUGAAGUGGUGAAUAUGCCAUUUCUACGGAAAUAUUCAGGUGAUUUUCCGGUUGAUAAGGAAGGGGAGACUACUAUAUACCUUGCUAAGAUUGCUGAGGGCAAUCUUGUGGUGUCGAAAACGAUCUCUUGGUUUAAGGCUGGAACAGGCCAAGGAUCGGUGGUUGGAAACGAGCUCUCCUCCUCCAGUGGUAGCGCCAGUGUUGACUGGAGAGAGACGGUGAAGGCACAUGUGUUGAAGGUGGAUGUCCCCGGUUUCAAGAAAGAGGAAGUUAAGGUUGUGGUUAAGGGUGGUAGGGUUUUACAGAUCAGUGGAGAGAGGAGCAACGAGGAGGAGGAAGGAGAAGAAACUGACAAGUGGCACUGCGAGGAAAGGAGCAAUUUCGACAAGUUUUUGCGGCGCUUGAAGCUGCCGAAGGAUGCCAAUGUGGAUGUGGUGAAGGCGGAGGUGGAGAAUGGAGUGCUGACGGUGACGGUGCCCAAGAAGGAAGUUGGCAAGGAGGAAGUCAAGGUCAUUGAUAUCUCUGGUUAAGCAAGAUCAUGUUGGAAAAUUGAGUGUUCCAAGUGUCAUGUUUUGUAAAAAUAGAGUUGUUAUGGAGUAUUUGAUUUGAAGUAGCUGUAAUUGUACAUGUGUUGAACUAGUGUGUAGUUUUAUGUUUUUCUAGGAAGUAUUGCCUUUAAUAUUGUGUUUGAAUUAGUGCUAUGGGUUAAUAGGAUGCUGCUCCAUUAUGUUAAAUCUAAUUGAAUCAUCAGUUUGAUUCUUGAAUUAUUAUGGUUUGUGUGCA